ACCAGAGCACAUCAGCUCCAGGCAAAAUCCAAUAGCUUAUACCCCGUCGCGAAAAGUAGACCCACGUUCUCGACCUCGAUCUCUAUCGACAUACCGCUCUUGUCGCCUCGCCUCCACUUUUGACGUUAUCAAACCGCAUCAACUUUGCAGAGUACAACUCGCCACAAACUUUUCGACCUACAAUCUCUACACUCUUGCCCAUACCUAGCUCAGCACAGUCAGAGCACAAAAAAGCAAGUCGAAACACCUAGGAAAGAGCUCGUCUAGCUGCUCUACAACCCUUCAACCCGGCCAACACGUGUUCCCCCCCUUGUUCACUUCGCUGAACUGGGAACACGUCUCGGCUGCACACCCUUCUCUCCGCCUGCAAUGAGCAGCACGAACCUGCACGUGUAUUACCUUCAGAGGAAUAUCACGGCUUUCAAGAAAUACCUCGAUGGGACCGAAGUCUUCGAGACCGGGCCUGGUAGCGGGAAUGGGAGUGGCAAGGAGAAAGAUAAGGACAAGGACAGGUCGUACGGCUCGGGAAGUCUCCGACCUGGAUCAGCUAGCGGGCCAAGGAGUUGGACCUUGAACCAAUUGAACAAUGCUCCUAAACGUCCUGACCCGAACGUCAGGGAUUCUCUAGGUCGGACGGUCUUGCACCUGAUCUGCAGUACCAUCGGGGAUCCGAGAUCAUACGACUACCUCUCUAUCCUCUUGCACCAUCCUCUCAUCCAGAUCAACAUCCAGGAUAGCGAAUCAGGAUGGACGGCACUACACCGGGCCCUCUGGGUAGGCAACCUCCGGGCUGCGAGGGAGUUGAUGGGGAGGAACGAGAUCGACCUAGGUCUCAAGGAUUUCGAAGGGUUCACGGCGUUUGACGUUUUCAACUCUACUUGUGAGGGGACCAAUCCGGUGGAUGGAGCCAAGGGGACGGAUCUCUAUACUUGGGGAAGUAACCGGAAUUACACGUUGGGUUCGGGGGAUGCUACGGACAGGGCCUUGCCGGAACGGGUCAACCUGUUGAACCAGGUGCAGGCUCGGUCGGCCGAGGCAUCUACAAGUUCGUCGUCCAAUCACGCUCAUGUUACCCCGUCAACACCGGAUGAGCAGGUUUCGGAACAAGCCGGAUCGAAAGAUUCAGGUUCGGUCGGGUAUGGCGAGUCGACCAAGUUCGAUAGGGUCGGGGUGGAAGAUGUCGUCAUGUCCAAGUUUCAUACGGGAGUGUUGAGCAGCGAGAAGCGAGGGAAUUUGAGUUUAGCGGGGUUUGGGUCGAAUGGCAGGUUGGGCAAAUCAACGCACUCGCAAUACGCGCUCUUGCCUCAACAAGACCUUGCGCACUUGGAUAUCGUCUCGAUCGCCUUGGGACAGGAUCAUACGCUGGCGGUGACCUCGGGAGGUUAUAUCAUGUCCUGGGGACAGAACCGGUUCUCACAACUAGGUUACGUGAUCGAGGCGACCACUGAGACGGUGCACAAGGCGUUCAACACGAACGCCAGCGAAGAUGUCCAGGUGCAGGUCCAGCCGAAGCGGGUCAUUGGGCCUUUGAAGAAGGAGUUUGUCGUCGGGGUCGCGGCGAGCAGGCUGAGCAGCGCUUGCUGGACGAAUGAUUCUAUCUGGACAUGGGGGACGAACAGCGGGCAUCUGGGUUAUGACAAGGCGACGAAUCCGGUCCAGGUCCAGCCCAGAAAGGUUACCGGGAUAAGUCAGUCGGUCAUCGACAUGGCCAUGACGGAUUACGCGACGGCCUGUUUGAUCGAAACGAAAGAGGUGCUGGUACUCCAUCACGACGCUGUGAUCAAGAUCAGUUUCCCGACACAGAGGUUUCCUUCCGAUUUCUCGGUCUACCGGCCCCCACAGUUUGUGGCGAAACCGAACAUCGACAAGAUCACGUCAUGCGGAAACACGGUUGCCGCCGUCUCUUCCCUGGGAGACGUCUUUACCUUCAACCUGCCUAACCCGGUCGACAUUCCCGACAUCAAGACGUAUACCGUCAAGCCACAGAUGGCAUGGGCACUAAGGAAACGGUUCACUGCUGUCAAGGACGUCGCGCUCGGGUCCGAUUCUACCAUCAUUCUGUGUACGCACUCGGGUCACGUGUUCGUGCGGCAGAGACAGGGAAAACAAGUCAAGGUCAACAGAUUGCCGAGGUUACAGCGGAUCAUCAAGGUCGCUUGUAACGAAGUAGGGAGCUUUGCUGCGAUCAGGAGUGACGCGACUCCGGGCGAGGUCGAGGUCACCGGUCCGACGCUGAGCGAAGACCUCUUGAACCUCUUGCCCCACAUGAGACGGGUGGUUCAAUCACCGUUCGGCAAGGCGGAGAAGGUCUAUCGUCAGGAUCAUGAGGAUGAGGAUGAUGGGGAUUCGGCCGUCUUGCAAGAUAUCGAGGUGGCCAUGCGGAUAGCUAUCAUCGAUGCGCAAUGGCAGACUUCACACGAGAGGGCGACCCUGGGGACAGAUUUGUGGCUGGUCGCUAGCGGUCGGAGGGUACCCGUACAUAGGAUGAUUCUUUCGCACCGGGUGGCCAAGCUCGCUUCGAUCUUGAAGAAGGAGGCCGUACCGACGGCACUCCAAAACUACAUGCGGUUCGAGGUCGGCGAAACGGGAGAAUGCGAAUUACAUCUCCAAGAUAUGCAUUUCAUCACCCUCACCUUGCUUUUGCAAUACAUCUACUCGGAUGAUUUGGCCGCCAUUUGGGAUAGCCGGGUCUUGUCUAGGGUUCAGUCGAAAAUGCCAGAGUUCCGACCAGACGUCAACAGGAUCAAGCGGGAGUUAAUCCAAUGGUCAGAGACACUCGAACUGGACAAGCUGCGUGGACCGUUGGCAUCGACGGGCAAGGUCGCCGUCCCUCAGAGUCUGGGUAGCACGUGGAAGGCGUUCUACAGGGAUUCUCAGGACCCAUCUAAGCGGGCGGCAGGCGAAUGCGAUACCAUCUUGCGCCUCAGCGAUCGGGACAUUGUAGUCAGCUCGAUCCUCCUGCGGGCCAGGUGUCCGACGUUUGAUGCCAUGUACGCGGACACGGUAUGGACGGAGGGUCGACGAGAUCAAGAUGGGCACGGGCAUGUUGUGGUCGACAUGACUCAUCUGCGAUUCCGCUCGUUCAACUUGGUCAUGCGGUACCUACACGAGGGGACGGAGCAGUUGAUUGACUAUGGUCACCAAGAUACCCUCGACGGGCUGCUAGACUUUGUCUUUGAGACGCUGGCGGUAUCUAAUUUCUUGCUCCUAGAUCGACUCGUCCUAGUCCUUUCUCAAGUCAUCCGUCGCCAUGUCGCUACCAACAAUGCCGCCUCGCUGGCUUCCGAAGCAGCUUUUCACAAUGCGAUGGACCUCAAGCGAAGCAUUUUUCUGUACAUCGCUUGCAACCUGGAAACCAUGCUGGAGAACGGUUUUCUGGACGACAUGGAUACAAGGAUGCUUAAUGACUUGUCUUCGUUCAUCCAGGACAGGCAAGGUUCGAAGUUGCCGGUGUCUCGAAGUGGCAUCCUGGAAGAUAUGGCCGUGCAGCGGGAAGCCGAAUGGUUGGCAAAUCAGGACAUCCCACAACUGAAGGCUCGACCCCCUCGCGUCUGGAAGCCCCGAUCGCCAAGAAUUUAUGCUACACCGCCUGCGCCUUCGAAGAAGGCCAAAGGAAAGGGGAAAGAGAAACUCUCGUUGUUUGACGUCCCUGCCGACAAUCUUGAUCCAGAGGAUGUCUUCGAAAUGGAAGACGACUUGGCUUUGCCCGAUUCGGUACUCAGCCCGCCACGUGGGUCAACACCCUCGAAGCAGGUCUCAGCUGCCUCUACAGACGGGCCGAGAGGUACUCCUUGGCGGUCGUCUGGAGUGGAAGCAACGAAAAAGAUGGAUCUGCGCAGUAUUAUGGCAGAGGCCGAGACCAAGUCGCCGAAACUCGGACCUUCCACCCCUCCUACGGCUACACCUGGAAAGUAUCUCCCACCUUCCGCUCGACGUACCCCGUCCAUGGCGGGAAGCACCGUUUCUUCUGCGGGUCCUCCAGGGAUCUCGCCUGUACAACCUAUGACGCCCGGAAGCGUCCGAACAGACCGGGCGGGAUCGUGGCGAAACACGGUCCCGGCGACGGGCUCGCCUGCUGCUUCCGCUUCAGCCUCGGCUUUCCCUACUCUAGGCUCGACCCCUACUCGACCGAGUGCACCCAAGAAUCCGUCACAAGCUGGACCUUCGAAGAAUGACGUGAUUGUGCCGACCAGGCAACCAACGGUCUCGAGAAAAUCCUCCGAGCCCGCCUGGAUCACGCCAGUCACCUACUUUUCGCCUCCACCCCCAACACUGGCAACCUCACCUGGCCCGUCUGCCGCCAUGUCAUUGCUCGACAUUCAGCAACAUGAACGCGACGCUCAAGCUCAACGUAAUGAGCUCAAGAUGGCGCCCAAGAGCUUGCUUGAAAUCCAGGAGCAAGAACGCAAGGACGAACAAGCCAAAGUAGCCGAGCUCGAGUUCCAGCGCUGGUGGGCUGCCGAGGAAGCUAGAGUUGCUGCUGAAGCCGCAAAGACGAAUGGCAAACAAGGGAAGCGCAAGCCCUCAGCACCUGGCCCGGCUGCUGGAGAUAGACCUGGACCUGGUGCCGGCCAGGGUGCCAGUCGACCGAAGCACAAGAAGAAGGGCAAUGCAAAUUCUCAAGCGGAUACCGCUCCUUCUGAAAAGAAAGGCCAACCCGGCGAGCCCGCUCAUCCUAGACCACCCAAAGCACCCAAACCACAGAAACCCCAACAAGCAACAAUACCUAAAAAGUCAGCACCUACAGGGCCGGCCAGAUCAACACCAAUAACAGCGCCGACGCCGAUGCCGCCUGCCCAAACAUCUUCACCUAUGCCAGCCAGUCUGAACCCCUUUGCCAAACCGUUCGGGUUCGUCCCGGGUCCUCCUGCAGGGCCUCUCGCUGAUCGCCGUGCGUGAGCGAACGACUCGACAAAAAUGUAUGUAUAGAAUCGCAUAGAUGAAGCUACGUACCAAUGGAAGAAAGUUGUAUCGAAUGACCCUAAGAUAGGGCAAUGAUAGUUGUACAAAGGUAUCUUCCGUACCAAACGGUCACACGAUCAAAAC